CAGCCAUAACGUUGCAUCCCGCGGCGGCUCGCAGUCGAGAGUCCGGUUUGGAGCUGAUUGGAGCGUGCGAGGACAGCCGGGAGCUCAUCGCGCACAAAAUCAUCUCCGAGGACACACCGCAGUCGCACUUUCACCGAUAUCGCCAUGCUGAGGGAAACGAUUCUCGUUUUCGCGGUUCUGGUCGCGGUGGCCAGCGCCACGCAAGUCUUCGAGUGCGGAAGUGGAGCACCGUACACGGAUUCCAGCCAGGUUAAGAUAUCCGGCUGCGACAAGCCGCCGUGCAAGCUGAAACGAGGGACCAGGGCAUGGGUGGAGCAGAAGUUUGUGGCCGGCCACGACACCAGCACCGUAACCAACUCCGUCUUCGCCAUGGUGCUCUCCGUGCCGUUGCCGUUCGUCGGCGUCGACGGAACCAGCGCGUGCGAAAGCAUCUUCAACGCUGACGGCACCCCCGCCUCGUGCUCGCUCAAGCAGGGCACCGAGUACAUUUACAAGCGCGAGUUCGCCAUCCUACCAGUCUACCCUACGAUCUCCUUGACGAUACACUACGCGCUGAAGGACGGCGACCGCCAUAUCACCUGCUUCGAGGUCCCCGCGAAGAUCACGAACUGAGAGAGGAGGCUGGCCGCUCGUCCUGGGAAGGUUUUAACACCUCCGUGGAGCCCGGAAACCCACGAAGCUUCGCCUCUUCGCCCCAUGUACAAAAUUUCCAGGUCACCGUGGAGGAGAGCGUGUUCGCGAGACCGAACACUCACAUUCCCGCGAAUAGAGCUGCCUCCCGGUAGCCUGCUUUACCGUCGAGCUUAAUCAGUAUGUAGCAUAGUCACCCGUUAUCUUAAUUGUUAAUAAAACUUUUCUAUCACCUA